CUUAUUUCUAUGGCUCUCAUUAACCUGAACGUGUAUUUAUAAAUUUUUUCAUAUAUUUAUUAUUUGUAAAUAUUAUCCCAUAUUAAAUAUGAAUAUAUGGCCAGUUCUCAAAAACUUAUGGUCUGAAGAUCCACCCCAUAAAGUCGUUGAGACAAAAUAUGAUGCAUAUACCUCUAGAGGAGUUUUACAUAGAGGCGAAGGACUUAUACUUUAUUUACCAAAUUCUAAUUCUUCAAAAAGAGAUACACCUAUCUUUGAGAUAGUAUUGCAUAAAACAGCUAAUAGCCACUUACCUAGACAAGCCUUUAGUUUGUAUCGAGCAAAAACCAGAGAUGAUGCCGAACUAAAAUUCCUUAUUUUGAAGGAUAAAUUACCUGAAUUUAUCGAUAUUUCUGUGGAAAUGUGCACUACUGCAGGACUUCAAAAGAUUUGUGAUACCUUAUAUGAACAUCCUCAAUGGUCAUUAGCACAUUUAGCGGCUCAUUUUGCGCUAUAUGAUUGUCUGAAUAACCCAAAGAUAAGUAAUUUUUUGAACAGUGCUGAUGAAGUUAGUGGGGUGUCCCCUCUGCAGGUAGCGAUCGCUAGCAAAAAUCUUAGAACAGUGCAAUUGUUAGUUGGUGCUAAUUGUUCUCUUGAACAUCUUGACAGAAAGAAGAAUUCUAUUUAUCACUAUGCAGCAAACAGUACGAAGGAGAUAGUGGCUGUUCUAGCCCAAGACCCACCUUUGAAAUGCCUUAAUUCAAGGAACAACGAGGGUUUAACACCAUUACACAAAGCAUGCUCUGCCGACAAUACCGACUGCGUUUUAGCACUGUUGAAAGCAGGUGCAGAUGUUAAUAGAACGGCAGCUUUAUAUGAAGGAGAAGAAAACUUGGAACCCAGUUACGUGCAUGAUUAUGUUGAAACAGCUUCAAACGAUUUAUAUAGAGGGGAUAUGAAAUCGGGUGGUACACCAUUGCACUGGGCAUGUUCCAAAACUGUGGUUGAAACACUGAUAGAUAGGAAUUGCUACAUCAAUAUGGGAAACUUUCAAAAGCGUACUGCAUUGCACAUAAUGGUCCUCAGAAGGAGAUUAGAUUGUGCUGUUGCUUUACUUAGUAGGGGUGCCGAUCCUAAUUUAGGGGAUAACGAAGGCAACAGACCUCUUCACUUUGCUGCACAAGUUGGAUGCAUUCCAAUUAUACAGUGUCUAGUAAUAUUCGGUGCGGAUUUAGAUAUUCUCAAUAACGCUGGUGAAUCAGCAAGACACUUGAUAAGUCCAAAACUGCUCUAUUAUUUAUCAGCAAUUGGCGCAAAGCGGUGUUCUGAAGACAUGACUAAUUGCAAAGAUGGUUGUAAGUACGAUGGUACUUAUGAAGGUAUUCCUCCACCACCAGUACCAAUGCCAACAAAUCGUGACACUUUGAAUGAAAUUCUGAUGGAGCAUACAUUGAAAACAUUGAGUGAGAAAUAUGAGGAUGCGAAACUACCACAAAAAGGAAGGUUACUAUGUCUAGAUGGUGGAGGUAUAAGAGGUUUAAUUUUAGUGCAAUGUCUACUAGAACUAGAGGACGUCCUUCAAAAACCCAUUGUGCAUUUGUUCGAUUGGAUAGCCGGUACAAGUACAGGAGGUAUCCUAGCUUUAGCAAUUGCUAGUGGAAGAACAAUGAAAGAAUGUCUUUGUCUGUAUUUUCGCCUCAAAGAACAGACGUUUGUGGGAAUGAGACCGUACCCAAGUGAUAUUUUAGAAAAUAUUUUGAAGGAAACGUUCGGUAGUGACACUGUUAUGACUAACAUAGAUCAUCCGAAAAUCAUUGUAACUGGGACACUCGCUGACAGAAAACCUGCCGAAUUACAUUUGUUUAGAAAUUACGAGAGUCCAAGUUCCAUCUUGAAAAUUGAGCCUGAUUCAUCUUAUGAGCCACCUGCUCAACCCGGGGAGCAAUUAAUUUGGGAAGCAGCUAGGGCUACAGGCGCAGCUCCGACAUAUUACAGGGCUUUUGGGAAAUAUCUCGAUGGGGGUUUGAUAGCCAACAACCCAACCCUUGAUGCAUUGACAGAAAUUGAAGAGCAUUGUCUUGCCUUGAAAGCAAUGAACAGGGAAAGCGAAGCAGCACCUGUAUCACUAGUCGUAAGCAUCGGUACUGGUCACAUUCCUGUAAUUGAAGUAAGAAACAUGGAUAUGUACAGACCUGAUAGUUUUGUCGAUAAUGCCAGAUUGGUGUUUGGUAUAUCAGCGCUUGGAACUCUUCUCGUGGAUCAGGCUACCAGCAGUGAUGGGAGAGUGGUUGAUCGAGCACGAUCAUGGUGUGCUUCAAUUGGGGUUCCCUAUUUUAGAUUCAGUCCCCAUAUGUCUGAAGAAUUCCCACUAAAUGAAAAAGAUGAUGAAAAACUAUGCAAAAUGUUGUGGGAAACUAAAGUAUACAUGAGAAAGAAAAGCGACACGUUGAAAAAAUUAGCUGAUCUCUUGAAUAACCAAUAAUGAUCAUUAAUAUGUUGACUUGAUGUUCUUAGCUGAAAUUAUCUAGAUGAAAUGUUUAAUUGAAUUGUAAUCUAAGAAUAUUCUCUAAAUAUCCAAUACAUGACCAGAAUAUGUCAUCACAGGUUUCAAUUUUUUUUUAUC